AUGGUACGAGGAAUAAAAAAGAAAUUCAAACAGCCAAUUAUGUACACAUUUUGCAAAGGAGCCACAAACCAAUAUGAAAUUAUUUGUCAAUUGAAAAAAGUGAUUGAGACUGUUCAUUUGACAGGCCUUCGUGUUGUAGGAACUAUUAGUGACCAGGGAACUGCAAAUGUUGGUGCAAUAAAUAUUUUGAACAAUGAAACUCGACUUUAUCAUGUAAAAAACAACUCAGAAUAUCACGAUGAAUUUUAUGAAGUUGAAUUACAUGAUAAACAAAGGCUGAAAUUGGUUCAUAUAUAUGAUGUCCCGCACUUAAUGAAAUGUAUAAGAAAUAAUUUACUAACCAAAAAUUUAUCUUAUACAAUUGAUAACAAAACAAAAUAUGCAAAAUGGUCACAUCUCGAAGAUCUAUACAAGAUGGAUAGUGCUGUUCCAGAUUGCAAGAUGUUACCGCGACUUACCGAUCAGCAUAUAGUUCGAGACAAAAUUGCAAAAAUGAAAGUGAAAUAUGUUACACAAGUUUUUUCGCAACGAGUUUCUUCUACUAUGAAUUUUCUUGCAUCUCGUAAUAUCAUUGGUACAGAUGCUGCCGACACUGCUUUUAUAUGCCUUUUUUUUGAUAAACUUUUCGACUCACUCAAUGGAAGUUUUGACAAAGUAACUGAUGGAAAAAUAUACCGUACUGCUGUCAAAAAAAAUUCUAUCCAUCAUACUGUUUGGGCCGAAAGUUUAAAAGUGCUCAGUACAAUGAGCUUUGUACUUGAGAAUGGUAGAAAAAAGUCAGUUCCAACGAUCCAAAACUGGAUGACAACUAUACGAUCUUUUAAAACACUGUCCAAGUUGUUGGAUCUGAAUGGUAUACGUUCCUUUCUUCCUCGGCAUCUCAAUCAGGACCCGUUAGAAUGCUUCUUUGGUGCAAUCAGAAGUAUUGGUUCAAAAAAUCCGAAUUGUCAUGCAUUUGAUUCUGCAUACAAAACUUUAGUUUUGAAUAAUUUGGUGUCCACCCACUCACCAGGAUCGAGCUGUGAAGAAGACUUCACAGAAGGAAGCUUGUCAUCAUUCAAAAAUUUUUUUGAGAGUGCCAUUGCUUCAACGUCUGACUUUGAGAACCAAAUUGUCAUUAGUGCUGAUUUGCCUCCAACACUACAUAAUUUAUCAAUGACUACUUCUUUUGUUCGAGGACAAGCUCAAAAUUACAUUGCCGGAUUUAUAGUAAAAAAAUUAAACAAAACUUUUUUUAAAAAUUGUCAAACAUGCCUCACUCAGCUUUGUACAGAAAAGGUAUCCGAACAUCAUUCAUUAAUAACUGCUCGAGAAUAUCAAUCAAAUCAUCCAACUUUAAAAUACCCAACAUCUACAUUAUGUUCUAUAGUUCAACAAAUCAUAAGUUUUGUCGGAGAAAAAAUGUCAAAUGUCUGUCUUCAUCCUAAUAUACAUUCAACUCUGACUAAUGCCUUAAAUCAACAAUUAAUUUUCCCUUUUGAAUUAAAUUGUUCGGAACACAAAGAUCUUUUCCGGCUGAACAUAAUUAAAUUUACAGUUAAAAUGAUGAUACAACAUUAUUGUACUGAAGUUAACAGAAUCCUUCUAGGAAAAAGAAAAUUGCAAGACAAUGAGACUGAUCCUGUUAAAAAAUUGGCCUACACAUGGUAUUUAAAGCACUCAAAGACCAGAAAAACUCAGGGAAAGUUUAACUUAAUUUAA